GGCCUCGGUCGCCGGCAUAAAGGGCAGCCUUGCCUUGUCUGAACAGCACUAGCGCCAAGGCGUGGAUGUUAGUGCUGCUUUUUCCUUCCUCUUUUUAAAGACAGCUUGAGGAAAAGCACUGUAGAUCCCCCGUGACAAUGUCUUCCAUUAAGAUUGAGUGUGUUCUGCCCGAGAACUGCCAGUGCGGUGAGUCGCCAGUGUGGGAGGAAGCGUCCAGCUCUCUGCUCUUCGUAGAUAUUCCUGCCAAAAAGGUUUGCCGGUGGGAUGCGCUCAGCAAGCAAGUGCAGCGAAUGACCGUGGAUGCCCCGGUUGGCUCAGUGGCCCUCCGCCAGUCGGGAGGCUAUGUCGCCACAAUUGGAACGAAGUUCUGUGCUUUGAACUGGGAAAAUCAGUCAGUAGUUGUCCUGGCCGCGGUAGAGAAAGACAAGAAAAACAAUCGAUUCAAUGACGGGAAGGUGGAUCCCGCGGGGAGAUACUUUGCUGGCACCAUGGCUGAGGAAACAGCCCCGGCAGUUACGGAGCGGCACCAAGGGUCCCUGUACGCCCUCUUUCCUGACCACCACGUGGAAAAGUACUUUGACCAGGUGGACAUCUCCAACGGUUUGGAUUGGUCCCUGGACCACAAAAUCUUCUAUUACAUCGACAGCCUGUCCUACUCUGUGGAUGCCUUUGACUAUGACCUGCUGACAGGAAGGAUCUCUAACCGCAGAAGUGUUUACAAGCUGGAGAAGGAAGAACAUAUCCCAGAUGGAAUGUGUAUUGAUACUGAGGGGAAGCUCUGGGUGGCCUGUUACAACGGAGGAAGAGUGAUUCGUUUAGAUCCUGAGACAGGGAAAAGACUCCAAACUGUGAAGUUGCCUGUUGAUAAAACCACUUCGUGCUGCUUCGGAGGGAAGGAUUACUCUGAAAUGUACGUGACCUGCGCCCGGGCUGGACUCGACCCCGAGGCUCUCUCGCGGCAGCCUGAAGCUGGUGGCAUUUUCAAGAUAACUGGCCUGGGGGUCAAAGGAAUUCCUCCUUAUGCCUACGCAGGAUGAGCGCUAGGCCUUCUUUCCCACUGGAGGAAACUUUGAAGAUAACUAGAAAAUUCUGGAGCUCAAAUUUCAAUCUAGUUAGAAAAAAAUGAAGCAAUAAUAUUAUUAACAGGGUUAAAUUUUUCUUUACAAUUUUUUAAAGGUAGAGCAUUUUUAACAAAUGGGGGGCAGGUGGUUUUCAUAACAUACUAUAGACCUUCUGCAAAGGUACUAUAGAAAUGUAAAGAAUUGUUCAUCUGACAACCAGCCUCUUGAUUCUUUGCAAAUUGCUGGUGGAGGAGGGGAGAGGGAAGAGACCGUAUCUGUUCUUUAUUCUGCGUCUCAUACUUACUAUACCUAAAGCUUCAAAAAACUAAUAAAUAGUAAUCUGGUAAUGAUUUA